CCCUUUAUCACGAUUGUUCUUCAUAUUCUCGCACGACAGGAAGCGGUCAUCAACGAGCUCAAGACCAAGACCAACUCGGUACGGGAGAAGAAGCUCCUUCAGCAGGACGAGGUCUACAACGGAGCCCUGGAGGACAUUCUGCUGGGGCUGAAGAACGAACCGUACCGCAGGGCGGACGCGGUCCGAAGAAGCCAACGAAGGCGCAUCGAUAGCAAUCGACUAUCGAGGACCAUGGAAGAGAUGGAGUUCUAAUCGUCUACGCCUCGGAACCGCAAACAACUAAAACAACCAAAAUGUGAUUUUGAACCAUGUUCAUCCAAGUGAAUCGGCACAUCUCGACACACACACUCAACAAGCACAAUAAUGACUAUUUUAACGAUACAUAUAAUGACACGCAACAUUCGCAGUGAAGGCUCUCUCGUUUUUCUGGCACAGUUAUAUUUUUUAAAUUGUUUUCUGUAAGUAGUACCAUUAUUUUCCUUGUAAAAAGAGAGAAUUUUAAGUCAUAGUUUUAAAGAAAGGAAAAACGGCGAGACGUCUCGUGGAAAAAUUGUUUUUAUACUAUGUUAUAAUUAUUAAUUCACGAAAUUUUAGUGGCAAACUAUACGUUUACUUUGUGUAUAUAUUUUGUUCAGUACAUUGAUAUAAGACAUGUGCAUUAAUCUACAAUA